UUUCAUUCUAAUUUGGAUAUCUUUAAAAGAAGUUUCAAUUUGUUAUCUCAUUCAGUUUGCGAAGUUCAUUCGAAUUGAUAGGAAGUGAAAAUGUGGAAAAAUUCAAUUUUAAUAAUUUUCAAUUUCCUUAUUUUAAGUUUUGUGACAGAAUCUUCAAGUGCAUUCAAAUUAACACAAGAAGAAUAUGAAGAAAUAAUCACUUUUACCAUAUUUUCUGAAGACUUAUCUAAGCGUGUUAACUCUACAUUUGGAAGCGAUCCGUUUAGCCAAGGAUGUGACGCUAAUGGAUUGUACUCUUUCGUUGUUCAUGGCUGGCAGGAAAAUAUCAAAACUCUUUGGGUCAGAUCAAUUGUUAACAGAUUACUUGAAUAUCGUGGUGGAUGUGUCAUAGUCAUGGAUUAUUCACAAGUUCCUAAAUCUGACAACUAUUAUUACUUAUACACGCAAUUUGAAGAAAUUUCUGCCGUUUUAUUGAAAAAAGUUAAUCAGAUUGGAUCUUAUGAGAGACAAUUUCUUUUUGGGUUUAGUUUUGGAGCUAGAUUGGUAAUGGAUGUUGGUUUGAAUGUUGGAAAUCAGCUUAUCGAUAGAAUUGACGCAUGCGAGCCUGCAAAACCUUAUUUUGAUAACACUGUUGAUCCUAAACCUGCCGCAAAAAAUGUUCAAUGCAUCCACACAAGCAACAACUAUGGAACUGACACUUACAACUGCCAUCAGGACUUUAGAAUGGGAUAUCUUGGACAUUCGCAAAGAGCUUCAGGGGCUUUCCCAUUAGGAAGUCACGGAUUGUGUCCUUACAUGUACAAUUUAGCAUUCGAACAUGAGUAUGUUCCGUACAAUUAUUAUAAAACUACGUCAACAAGGGAAGCACCUUUGACCGCCGAUGUAAGAAUGGGAUAUUUAGGAGAUUACAACAGAACUUACGUACAAGGAGACAUUUUCAUUACUACUGCACAACAUCCACCGUAUGUCAUGAAUGAAAAAAUUCCAUUCGAUAAUAGAUUUGAAACCUUGAAACAUUUCGCUUAUGGAAAACUAACUGGCGAACCCACAGAAAACUAUGAAGAAGAUAUAAAAUUUUAUUUAUAUAAAACAAGUUACAAUGAUCCAGUUAUUUCUACUUUCGACAUAAGCAUUGAAGGACAGGGUUGCGAUCCAAAUGGAUACUUUUCUGUCAUCGUACAUGGUUGGCAAGAAUAUCCAAACACAUCAUGGGUGCAAGUGACAGUUGAAAAUUUGUUGCUUCAUCGUGGUGGUUGCGUUUUUCUCAUGGAUUAUUCGGAAUAUUCCCAACUUCAAUAUGACUUCCAAUUGACCCCUCACUUUGAAGGUAUUGCAAAUGUCUUGAUUGAAAAGAUCAAACAAAUAGGAAAUUAUGAAAAUCAAUUUUGUUAUGGUGUCGGUUUUGGUGGAAGACUUUGCAUUGGUGCUGGUCAUGCUAUCGGAAAUCAAAAGAUUGGUCGAAUAGAUGCAUGCGAUCCUGCAAGAAGUGGCUUUGACAAUGCUGCGGAUCCAAAACCAGCAGCCAAAAACGUUGCAUGCAUUAAUACAAGUCAUGACAAAGGAACAUGGAUUUACAAUUGUCACCAGAACUUCAUAAUGGGAAGAUGUGGAUCAUCACAAGAUGCUGGUGCAACUUUCCCUCUCGGUCAUCAAGGCAUGUGUCCAUAUCUUUAUAAUAUGGCAUUUUAUUACGAUUACACGUCUAAUAACGCUUUUGGAUGUCAUUCACAUCGUUUGGCGCCAGCUGAGGCAAGCAAUGUUAAGAUGGGAUAUUUAGGAGACUUCAAUAGAAAAACAAGAUGUUUAAACAACAGAAGAUCACACAUCCAAAUGCAAGAUGAAGAGCAGAUAUCUUUUGGUUGUUUGACUGCAUUGACACAAGAAGAAUACGAAUGUAGUGUCGUGUUUUUUGUGUUUAAUUCAACAACAGUUCCUCCGAUCAUUUCUCCCUCAAACGAGCCAAUUGACGAAGAAGUUUGUGGUCCAGAUGGAAAUUUUACAAUCAUUAUUCAUGGAUGGAUGGAAGGCAUUCACACUCCAUGGCUGCCCAACACUGUUCAUAACUUUUUAGUACAUCGCGGUGGCUGCGUAGUUGUGGUUGAUUAUUCUAAAUUCUCUAAUAAUACCAAUUAUUUUGCUCUGACUCCACAUUUUCAAGGAAUUUCUGAUGUUAUUCGAGAGAAAAUGGAGCAGAUUGGAAAUUUGGCGCAGCAAUUUUGCUUCGGUUUUAGUUUCGGUGCGAGACUUUGUAUGGAUAUUGGGCUCGCCAUAGGAAAUCAAGAGCUUGGUCGAAUUGAUGCUUGUGAGCCUGCUGGCCCUGGCUUUGAUAACAACGUCGAUCCAACUGAAGCUGCUAAAACUGUCGCUUGCAUCAACACAAGUAAAAGUUACGGGACGAGUGUUUACAAUUGUCAUCAAAACUUCAUAAUGGGAAACUGUGGACACUUACAACCAGCUGCUGGUUCAUUUCCAUUGGGAGAUCACGGUUUAUGUCCUUACUUUUACAACAUGGCUUUUUAUUACGAUUUUGUUCCGAACAACCUUUACGAUUGUGCCACAAUCAGACCAAUCAAUGGCACUGACAUAAAGUUCGGACCAUUAGCAAACUUAACCAAUGUUUAUGGAGACAUCUACAUUGCCACUGCAGAAUAUCCGCCUUAUGUUGUUAUUGAUGGUGUAAUUGACAAUCUUAUACCAUUCUUGCAUGAUUGUGACGAAUACGAGGAUAAUGUGGAAUUUGUUGUUUACCGUGAUGACGAAUCUUUUAUUUCUAAUUUUAAUGAUCCGAUAUCGCAGCAAGGAUGCGAUAUUAAUGGGAAUUUCUCGAUUGUGACUCACGGCUGGCUUGGAAGUCAAUCACUAUGGAUUAAAGAUUUAAUCAGCAAUUUAAAAGUUUAUCGUCAUGGAUGUGUCAUCUUUAUGAAUUAUUCUUACUAUUCUGAUAGAGAAAAUUAUCUCGAUGUCCUCAGUCACUUUAAACCAGUUUCAAAUCUAUUGACAAGAAAAUUAAAUCAACUGAGUAACGACAACAUAUCUGAUGACAACAUAUUUAUGUUUGGAUUUAGUUUUGGUGGACGUGUUGUAAUUGAAGCUGCUUUAAAUUAUGGUUCAAAUAGAAUUCAUCAAAUUGAUGUUUGUGACAUGGCUGGACCUGGUUUCGAUUAUAUUUAUAGAAGAGAUCCAAAGGAAGCAGCCAAAAAUGUUCAAUGUAUUCACACAAGUGACAACGCAGGGACAAAAAUUAGAAACUGUCAUCAAAAUUGGUUGAUGGGAUAUUGCGGAAUAUCACAACCAGCAGGAAAUGACAUCGAAGCAAUUUUAUGUGAACUUUUUCAAGCAUGUGAAGAUAGAUCACCUGCACCAAUCAAUAAUCACAGUCUCUGUCCACAUUUUUACAACUCUGCUUUUGAAAACAAUUUCAUCGCUGAUAAUCCCUUUCAUUGUCCAUCGCAACGAAUGGCAAAAAAUCUUCCCGAAGACUUCAAAAUGGGAUUCAUGGAGAAGAGAAAGAGAACUCGUCAGAGAGAAAUAACAACAUUCGAUAAAGAUCUGUCGAUGCAUGGAUGUGAAGCGGAUGGAAAUUACGCAAUGGUUGUUCAUGGUUUGAGGGAGAAUUUAAUGACACCGUGGGUCAUGGACACUGUUAAUAACUUGAUGGAUUAUCGGGGCGGUUGUGUCAUAUUUAUGGAUUAUUCCAACUUCUCGACAGUGUUGGACUAUUAUCGACUGGUUUAUAGGUUUUAUUUCAUCGCAGACGUUCUUUUGAAAAAGGUUAAGCAGAUUGGUAAUUAUGAUCGUUUAUUUAUGUUCGGCUUCAGUUUUGGCGCACGAUUAUGCUUUGAAGUUGGAACAAAAAUAGGAAAUCAAUUAAUUGAAAGAAUUGAUGGUUGUGAUCCAGCGGGACCAGGAUUUACAAAUUUGUUAACAGUUGACCCAAAACUUGCUGCUAAGAAUGUUGCAUGCAUAAACACAAGUGUUGAUAGAGGAACGGGAAUUUAUAACUGUCAUCAAAACUUCUUGAUGGGAAAAUGUGGACGACAUCAACCUGCAGCAACCACUCGACCUCUUGGAAGUCAUGGACUUUGUCCUUAUUUCUAUAAUGCAGCAUUUGAAAAUGAUUUCUUACCGAAUAAUUAUUUUAAUUGUUCAUCGAAACGAGAAGUUCAAAAUAUGCCAAAUGACAUCAAAAUGGGUUAUAAUGAGAAGAGACUGACACCUGACAUCUCUGGUGAAAUUUUUGUUGCUACUGGAAUUAAUUAUCCUUGGAAUGAAGUCUGAUCAAAUUCCAAAUUUUAGUUGAAACUUAAUUUAAUUUUAAAUUAACCAUAACCAACCCCAAUAGAACUUUAGUAAUAAAAAACACUUUGAAUAGUUUUCAUCUGUCUUCAAUUUCGUUAAUCGCUUGAGGAGAAGAAAGUUUUGUUUCACUUUCUUAAAUAAAUUUUCUUUCCUCAUUUCAACCUUGUUAAGAUUUUUUUAA